AAACACGAAUUUGGAAGGUAAAUUAAGCAUUUGCCACAAAGUGACGACUGCCUUCAGCGACUGACGAAAUGGACUUUUACCUGUGCCGACCCCUUCUGCUACCGACGAAUGGCAUAACAGAAGCUGCACCGCCUUCUCAGCCCAGAGUCACACCACCCAUCUGUAGCAGCACAACCACGGCAAUGACUCGGGUGGGCAACCACACAAACAGUAGUGACCCACAGUCCGUGAACAGUCGAGUGUUUGUGGGCAACCUCAACACUUACGUGGUGGGCAAGGAAGAGGUUGAGCGUAUCUUCAGUCGAUAUGGUCGCCUCAUAGGUAUCUCUAUGCACAAGGGAUACGCGUUUGUUCAGUACACGGAUACUUGGGAUGCUCGGAAUGCAGUGGUCGGAGAAGACGGUAGAACAGUUGCAGGACAAAUACUCGACGUGAAUAUGGUAUCAGAACCGAAACCACACCAGGUGAACCGAAAAAGACCGCUUUUUCAUCCCGCCACAUUUGUAAAUGUUGGCCGAGGGAUACCACCCCUAAAAAGAGCUAGGACGGAGUUGAUGGGACAGCGACCAUCUUUACCAAGAUUCUCGGAAAGAGAACAAGCAUCACUGGACGCUCUAUAUAACAAUGGUGAGCCAGACAUCCUGAUAUGUGGUAACUGUAAAGAAGUGUUUCCAGGAAUACACAAACUGAUAGAACACAAAAAGCAGACGUGCAAACUGAGAUUCACCUGUCGAUGCCAACAUACAUCCAGCCCUCUAGGCGCUCCAGCCAUGCCAGUGUGUGCUCAGUGCCAAUCACGUCAAAACACAUGGUGGGACCUCGUACAACACUUCCAAACAGCUCACAAUUCUCUCCUCUACAUCAAAGAAGAAGAGUUGGCAGCCAUGGAGGCUGCACAGAAUAAAGAAGACGGAAGCUCCAUAUGUUCUAACAGCAGCACACCUGAAUUCAGGAAUGGUCUCUCACAAGAUUGCUGUUGGGAUGAUCAAAGAGAUGCUUCAACAGAGGCUGAUAUGACAGAAGAAGAACAAAAUGGCAGGCCACAAAGCAUCGGGGAAGACAAAUCCGUUGACACUACUGAUCUCAAUUUAGGAUGACUGUUCUAAAUGUAACACUAUUAAAUACGAGUCAUGGAUAAAAAAAGCUACGGAAGCCUCCUGUACACCUCUACGGAGACUCAAUUGAUUUUUUUUUAAUUUAAAAAAAAAAUCAAAGCUAAAAUGCAAGUUUCGCAGACGCCAGAAACAAUAAAAAAAAACAAGGAAAACGCUCUUCUUUCAUAUAUAAUAUCGCAUUUCCACUCUAAAGCCAAAACCAAUACA